CUCUCCCGUCUAUCCCCCCCCCCUCCCAUCAGAUCGCCACACCCACCGGCUGUGCUUGAGCACGACCCCAAUCCACCCUCUGUUGUCCCGGCCUUCCCCUGCUUUCGCUGUCCUUCCCCCGCUCGGCCCGUACCACGCCCUUCAUACACAUGGGAUCUUCGUCCUCUACACAGCGGUCCUCCGUGCCCCGCAUCAUCGGCGACAACUUCUCGUCCAUCGAGGAGGUUCAGCAGGCCCUGCGCCGGGCCAACCUCGAGUCCUCCAACCUCAUCUUCGCCGUGGACUACACCUCAUCCAACCAGCACACUGGAAAGAAUUCCUUCGGCGGGCGGUGCCUCCACUGGCUGGACCCCCACCGGGAGCAGUUGAACCCCUACCAGCAAGCCAUCGGCAUCAUCGGCGCCACUCUGGAGUCCUUCGACGAGGACAAGCUCAUCCCCUCGUUUGGGUUCGGUGAUGUCAACACUCACGAUCGCGCCGUGUUUCCCCUCCACACCGAUCCUCGCGGAUGCUACACCUUCAAGGAGGUGCUCGAGCGCUAUGAGCAAGUCACCCCGCACGUGCAGAUGUCCGGGCCGACAUGCUUUGCGCCGGCUAUCAUGACCGCGGUGAACAUUGUUCGUCAGAGUCAGAACCAGUAUCACAUCUUGGUGAUCGUUGCCGACGGCCAGGUUUCCAACCCGCGCAAGACGCGUGAUGCCCUGAUCGAGGCGUCCAAGUAUCCCUUGAGCAUCAUUGUUGUCGGGGUUGGCGAUGGGCCCUGGGAUCAGAUGGAGUACUUUGAUGACAUGCCUGGGCGCAUUUUCGACAACUUCCAGUUCGUCAACUUCCACAAGGUCCUGUCCCAGAACCCCUACCAUCCGGAGCCGGCCUUUGCCCUGGCGGCAUUGAUGGAGAUCCCCGAGCAAUUCCAUGCCAUUCGCAAGCUGGAGUACCUGUGAUCCAUAUAUGUCUCGGGCCGCAGCUUCCUUUCUCUUUCUCUCUCUCUCUCUCUC